AAAAUUUAACGCCGAGAACCACCCAGCCAAUGAGGUGAAAGAUGAAAUAGCACUUCAGUUUCGUCUGAAGGAGGAACUGGAACAAAGCCUGCCAACGAGCAUCGUGAUUGGUCCGUUCCAAGUGCACGUGGAACCUGUGAAGAAGGUGCUUGUUGGCAAAAGACAAGAGAUGGCGACCAGACUUCUGGCUACUUUUGCACAGCGACUCACCAACAACGUUGAAGAGGUCAUGGAAGAAUAUUUGGAUAUCUAUCAGAGAUUGAAUACAAAGCCCACUUCAAUAGAGCACAUCCUAGAGAUCAAAGAUUGGAUGGAAACUAUUCCUGUAUCUGUCAAAGCACAGGAGGAUAUUAUCCGGCGUUACCUUCUA